UUUUCAAGAAUCAAUUUGCGAAAUCUGUCUCUGUCGAAAAUUCAAUCGUAUAAACACUAUCGUUUUUAUAUGAUGCCGACGCGCUCGAUUACGAAAGUCAAUUGCCUUCAACGAUAGCCGUGAGCCAUAAAUGGCCAUAAAUUAAAGAAGAAGAAUUCGACGGGAUAAUUUGUAAAUGUAACGAUGCCAUACAAACGUAAAAAGACUCACAGAGGUGACAUGCAUUUGAAAAAGAAUUGGCAAACGAAACGGAGAACGAAGGACUUGGACGAGAUUGAUGAAGAUCUGAAAGAGGAGAACGCGAGGAAGCUGUUAAACCAGGAAGUGAAUUUCGAUAAGCCGGGAGCAGCGCAGUAUUACUGCGUGCAUUGCGCGAGAUAUUUUAUAGACAAAACUGCUCUACAUACUCACUUCAAUACUAAAGUGCAUAAACGACGAAUGAAAGCGCUUGAAUUAGAGCCCUAUACUAUCGAAGAGUCAGAAAAAGCAGCAGGUAAAGGAAGUUACAUCGUACCACAAAAACGAAAGAUUGAGACCAUGACACGGGAAGACCUGGACAUAAUAAAUACUACGUCAGAUGCUAAAGUUAUGAAAAUAAAUUAAUAGAGUUACUUCAUAAUUCAUUUUGAAUCAUUGUAUCUUUAC